GACUAGUUUACAGCUCAGUUCUGGCUUGCAACUAGUACGGUUAUCGUUUACGAUAUUUCUAAUUUUCACUAUCACAACACCAUGGAUGAUAAAAAAAUGUGUAUAAAACUGAUUAGGUCCGUGAAAUCAAGACCGUGCUUGUACAACUUCAAUAUUAUGGAAUAUUCAGACAAGGAUUUAACCGAAAGAGCAUGGGAUGAAGUUGCAAAGGAAACCGGUAUAAACGUUUACAAAUGCAAAGAGAAAUGGAGAAACAUGAAAAUUGUUUUAAAACGUCACUUGAGGAAAGGCGUGAUAAAAAGAAGAAGAAAAUAUUACCUGUUCGAUUAUUUGAGAUUCGUGAUACCUUUCAUGAAAGUCGUUAACCCUGAAAUAUAUGGUCAGUCUUCCAAUAUUAAUGAAGAAAUGGAGAAAUAUACUAUCACAAGUGAUCCCCUACCAGAAGCUACUGAAAAUAAUCCACCUGAAUUAUCUGCUACAUCUCCUACUUCUAUGACAUGUUUCGAUUCUCAAAAUCAUGUUUCCUUAAUAGAUCACACAUAUAAUAAUGACUCCAUGAUACAAAACCAAUUUGAAUACCAUAUUCCCGUUCACAGUGAAGAUAAUUCUCGAAUAGGAAAGGUAUCUGAAGCAACUGCAGAUACGAAGGAAUCCUAUAUUGAGUUGAAUAACAACAGAAAGAAGCAGGAAGAAGAGGCGAAGAAAGCAUUCCUUAUGAGUUUGUUACCCGAUUUGAAUCUAAUGAAUGGACAACAAACACGCUAUUUUAAAAAGCGUGUCUUAGAAGCCGUAGAUGAAAUUCUGGACGAAGCUAUGCCAAAUCAAUGAAGAACCAAUAAUUAAAUUAUGAUUCAUGAACUGAAUCAUUGUAAAUAUUCAGAAUAAUUUUUUUAUUAGCUACUAAUUCAAAAAAAUUUUGCAAGCAUAACAAACAUUUUUUUAAAAAUUGCAUUGGAUAUUUUGAAGGGUCAGCUCAAAAAAAAAAAUACAUAAUUGUGAAAUCGAUCAAUAUGUGGUUGUGAAAAGUGAUAUUAUGUCAUGUCUUCUGACGACAGAAGAAUGUGGAAUCUCAUAUUCCUAUUCCAUCGAAUUGCCAAUGCUAUUUUCAUUGAAGGCAGAAUGAAGUACUAUGAAAUCUGAAUAAAGUUGUUAUUAUUAA